AUGCAGUUAAACAGACAGAACCGUUCUCUGAAGAGGAAGAGUAUGCUCUUUAUGUCCCGCCUUGGUGCUGAUGUCGUUGCUGAGAUCAGUCUGGAUGAUGAAAAUGAUGAAGAUCCACAGGAGGAGGAGUCAGGAGUCUGUAGCUCCUUCCAAUGUCAGAUUGUCAUUACAGAGCUGAGGGAUAAACUAGAAGUGAUCCUGGCUGAGAAGAAGCAGACUGUGAUUGAUCUGGAGACGACAAGAGAGCAGCUCUGCCAAACUAGACAGGAAGUAUUUUCUCAAUAUGCUCUAGAUGAGUUUGAGGCCUUGCAAGAUGAUCUAAAGCUUGAGAGGGACCUGCGAUCUGAAGCAGAGAAGUUUGCACAUGAGAUGCUAGUUGAGCAGAAGAAGCUGAAAAGACAAAGCCAGAUGUUGAUCCAAAGUGUGUCUCCAACAGAAGCUCUACAGAAAGCUCUGGCAGAGAUCAACACACUGACACACACUUUAGAGACACAGAGACUGGAGCAUCAACAGCAGGUGAAGGCUCUUGAAGAGCAGAUACAUGGCAGCGAAUUAAAGAAGCAGCUGACAGCUUUACAGAGACAGAUUGAAUUGCUGGAUGAGGAGAGAAAAGAGUGGCAGCACAAACACACUAAAGCUGAAACCGAGGCUAAAGACCUCAGAUUCACAGUGGAGGAUCUGAAAAAGAAGCUCCAGCAGGUCUCCAAUCCACCACCAGCUGCCCCAGGACCCCCUCCUCCACCCCCGCCCCCACCUCCUCCACCUCCACCUCCUGCCUCCUCAAGCAACCCACUCAGCUCAUUACUCGCUAUGCUUCGUAAGAAAAAAGACGUGAGCACUGAAACUGCAUUAGUGGAGAAGGACUCCUCUGAGAAAACCCCAGAGAAGGACAUCAGACAGCAAGCUGUGGAUGAGAUGAUGCAACGCAUCAAAAAAGGAGUUCAAUUGCGACGUGUUUCCCAGAGAACCAACAGAGCCAGACCAGGACCGAAAGAAGGGACAAAUUCUGCCAUACAGGACCUUCAGGGAAUCCUGAACUCAGUCAAGAGUCCCGGCCCCUCCUGCUCGCCUGGGACAUGCCCUCCAUCGCCAUCACAGAAGUCUGAGCUGGAGAAAGCCCUGGAGAGACGGAGGGGAGCACUGAAAGCUGCAAAGAAUAACACGAAUUCCAGUACUGCCCUGAAUCUGCCCCAGAUUAAGCAAACCCAGUCAGAACCAGGCCAGAACACAAGGGACCAGGUUCAGGACACACCGCAACACAACAACCACAAUAUGCACUGAUCAACUCAAGCCUUCAUAGGAGCUCAUAGGUUGUAAAUCUGGAGCACAUGGAAUGAAAAAGUCUUCAGGAAGGAAAAUACGAACACAUUACACACACACACACACAAUUAACUUAAUUUUGUGGACAAUCACACAAAAUAAUUAUAUGGUGGGCAAGUCUAUGUGGAAAUGUUCACUGUGACUUCUGUGAAAAAUAUUAAAAUGUAUUAAAAAUUGUGGG